CGACCCGGGAGUUCUUUUGGACAAAAACGGAGUGGCCCACUUAGCUAAACCCGGGAGUCAUUGACAACCAACGGUGCCGAUAAACCUAACCACAACACCUAUCUCGCAUCUCAGGCGUCUCCUCCGUCGUCUCUUCUCCAGCGUCCGAUCUCCCAUUCAUCUGAUCUCGCCGCUUCCAUUCGCCCUCCACUCCCUCGCGCCCAAAUACAAAUUCUCAAAUCCUCAGGCUUUCCGCUGCGGUAAUGGCCGACGGGCAUGCAUCGUCGCAGCAGCCGACGAGUCCAGGCGGACGCAGCCACGAGAGUGGGGAUCGUAGUCCGAGGUCAAAUGUUCGGGAACAGGACAGGUUUCUUCCCAUCGCCAAUAUCAGCCGGAUCAUGAAGAAGGCUCUCCCUUCGAACGGUAAAAUUGCAAAGGACGCGAAGGAUACUGUUCAGGAAUGCGUCUCCGAGUUCAUAAGCUUCGUCACCAGCGAGGCGAGUGAUAAGUGUCAGAAAGAGAAAAGGAAAACGAUUAAUGGUGAUGAUCUGCUCUGGGCGAUGGCAACAUUAGGAUUUGAGGACUAUAUUGAACCUCUCAGGCUAUACCUCUCUCGGUAUAGAGAGGUAAUUAUGAAUUUUGAAUUAAACAAACCUGUGCAUAUUUAUCUUUACCAUGGACUUUAAGCUGAUAAAAUUUUUCUUUUUACUGUAUUUUUGUUUGCAACUUCCCCCUGCUCAAUCAAUGGAUGUUGCAGAUGGAGGUACGCCUUGCCAUGUUUUUAAUACUUAUAAGGCUUUGAUGUUGUGGUUGCUGUAUCAGUUUUAUUGGUAUCUUUUCUCUCGCUUAACUGAUUUUAUUUUUAUUUUAAACAUUACUUUAGGGUGACACCAAGGGAUCUGUAAAGGCUGCUGAAGGUUCUACCCGAAGAGAUGGAGUACACCAUAUCCCUAAUUCUCAACUAUUGCAUCAAAAUUCAUUUUCACAAGGAAUAAGCUAUGAUAACUCUCAGGGUCAACAUAUGAGGGUUCCAAUGCCAGGCUUGGAGUGAACAAGUGGCUGGAAGGAGGGUCGGUAUUGUGUCCGGUUGACUGUCCACGAGAGCCCAUUUGGCUGGGGCGGUUAAACAUGUAUCUAUAUGCUUUUUUGCACGAUUCAUUCAUCUUUCUACUCUCAUAUGUCAAAGCUCUAUGAUUUGUUAAGGUUUGUAAAGUUAGUAGUGUUGACACAUUCAUCUAAUGUAUUAAACAUACUUAGCAUGAUCGUUCAUGUCCAACCAACUGUCCAAGCAUUCUGUUUGCCUUUAUUUUUCUACACUAGCAAGUUACAACUCCAUCAUUAUUCUAUACCGG